GCAGGGCACCAACCGGAAGUGCCCGUGUUGUGGCGGAAGGAGGAGCUUGCUUGGAGCAGCUGGUGCCGAGAGAAGCGGGACCGGCAAAGAUGAUUCAGGCGAUUCUGGUUUUCAACAACCAUGGGAAGCCGCGACUGGUCCGCUUCUACCAGCGUUUUCCAGAAGAAAUUCAGCAGCAGAUUGUUCGAGAGACUUUCCAUCUGGUUCUCAAGCGGGAUGACAACAUCUGUAACUUCUUAGAAGGUGGAAGUCUGAUUGGUGGUGCUGACUACAAACUGAUUUACCGGCACUAUGCCACCCUCUACUUCGUAUUUUGUGUGGAUUCCUCGGAGAGUGAACUUGGGAUCUUGGACCUUAUCCAGGUUUUUGUGGAGACUCUGGAUAAGUGUUUUGAAAAUGUAUGUGAGUUGGAUUUGAUCUUCCAUAUGGAUAAGGUCCACUACAUCCUUCAGGAGGUGGUGAUGGGUGGGAUGGUGUUGGAAACAAACAUGAAUGAAAUUGUGGCUCAAAUUGAAGCUCAAAACAGACUGGAGAAGUCAGAGGGUGGCCUUUCAGCAGCCCCUGCAAGGGCUGUGUCUGCUGUGAAGAACAUCAACCUUCCUGAGAUCCCGAGGAACAUCAACAUUGGUGAUCUCAACAUCAAAGUUCCCAACCUGUCCCAGUUUGUGUGAAGGUGGAGGACUGGGCUGGACUGGGGUCCUUUCGAUGAGCGAAGCAGUCACAUCCAGAACCAGAACCCUGCUGAGCCUUUAGAGACUUGGGACCCUAAGCCUUUCCCAGAGUGGGAAGGGAGCUGGUGCACACUGCCUGGCCAUCCUGCUGCUCUCUGAUACACAUGGCCGUGGAGACAUCAGUGCACUAAGCCAUUGCUCCUUUGCCUCCCACACAAGCCCUCAGGGUUGGGGACUGUGGAACAAGCCACCUGCUUCCCAGGGCCUGACUUCCUCCCUACAUCUAGGACUUCUGAGAUCCUGUAUCAGUCACUGGGCAAGAGACCAGGGAGAAGGAAGGACCAGCCUUUCAGAUGUCAGGUGUAGCGAGUGGUAGGUGGUGCAGGGUGCACUGGCUCCGCUAGGGCCUCUGUUCCUAGGAUCCCUCUGUGUAGCCAAGCCUUUGGUCAGCAGUUGCUGCAGAAUACAUCUUCCCCAAGGGCACAGUCCCAAUUUUGUUGUCACCGGCCUCUGUGUGCUGGGCACAAUUUAAAUCAUACUUUGGGUGCAUGUCACUACCCCUGCCAAUAGGGAGGGCACUCCUACAUACACACACACACAGCCCUCUCUCAGAUGAGAGACUGCUGUCUGUAGAAUAUGAAGGUUGAUCCUCCCAGAGUUAUGACUCAUCCCAACUUUGAAAUAUGCUGUCUUCCUGGAAGCAGAAGGUUCAGUGACUGUGUUGUGAAUGAUGAACCAUUUCCCCUUGCUCAGAAGCCCGCUGUCCAGUCUCAGCUUCUAGAGCUGAGAGCCUGAACUAGGUGCUGUGUGGGCUGAGCCUGCAGCAUGCUAGCCACACUGCUGUGUAUUUCUACUCUGCGUCCUGCAGUGAGCACUCUGGACUCCUUUGGGCAACAUUCUCCUGCACCUCUGGAAACCUGUAAAUGUUGUUAACA